AUGCUCGCCAAUGCAACCGGCCCAAUGGAGCAGUGGAACUACGCAUCCGGGGGAGCCGAUGCGCCAAUACCGAGGAGCCAGGGUAUUGGUGGAAAGACAUUGACUGGCCAAAAAAAGGAAAUCCCACGACUCCUUACACCUAAGUCGAAACUGCGACUUGGAUCGUGGAACGUGCGGACCGCCUUUCACUGCGGUCAGAAAGAAAUCAUCGCAAGGGAGUUGAGCAAGUGCCGGGUUACUGUUGCAGCUUUAUCCGAACUGAGGAUCAGCGGCUGUGGAACGACAAGAGUGCAGGUUCCUGCUACGGACGAUUGGAUGACACUGUACUACUCUGGCGGUCAAGAACAUCGUGAUGGUGUUGGGUUCAUGCUCAAUAGCCACGCAUCAAAAUGCGUCGUGUCGUUUCAACCCAUCUCGCCGAGAAUAGCAGUGAUCACUUUGGGCGGAACCGUCAAGUCGCACAUAGUGAGCGUAUACGCUCCGACGGAACCGAGCGACGACGGUAUGAAGGACGAAUUCUAUAUGCAGCUCCAAGACGUGCUGGACAGCAUUCCCAGAAGAGAUCUCGUUAUCGUCACAGGCGAUCUGAACGCUAGAACUGGCGCCGACAGAACCGGAUGGGAACCUGUGAUGGGCCGAUUUGGCGUAGGAGAAAUGAACAACAAUGGUUUGCGGCUGCUUUCGUUUGCCACGUUCAAUGAUCUGGUCAUCGGCAAUAGCCUAUACCAGCAUGCACGAAAGCAUCAGCUGACAUGGAGAAAUCCAUCUGGUCACGAUUCAGCAGUCCUGGACUAUGUACUAAUCAAUUCUCGAUACAGGUCAUCGCUAAAGGAUGUGCGUGCAAUGAGAGGCCCGGAUUGCGGAUCAGAUCACUACCUACUACGAGCAGUCGUGCAGCUCCGCCUACAGUGUGCUAAGCGAGGUAAACGCCAACCGAAACUGGAGGUGAAGCAAGGCUUCCAAAUUGCACUGUCAAAUCAGUUUGCUGCGUUCACGGAAGUGGGAACGGUGGACGAGGAAGAACGGCAGACUGCAAAAGUCAUUACCGAAUGUGCUACACAACUGUGCCCAGUUUUGCGCCGACGGACUAAACCAUGGAUCUCGGACGAAACAUUGCAGUUGGUUGACAAAAGGAGGAAGGUGAAGCUGACGAAUGGCACUACGUAUCAGCUACUCAGUAAGGAGCUCCGCAAGAGACUAAAAACAGAAAGGGAGGCCUACUGGAACGCAGUAGCGGAGGAGCUCGAAGAAUCGGCAUCCAAACACGAGUAUCGCAUGCCGUAUCAAAUUCUGAGAAGACUGUGCGGCAAAACCAGAGCAUGCGGAACCUUCAUCAAAGACGCAAGUGGCAAACUCGUGAAGUCAGAGAGGGAACGCUUACAGAGAUGGAGAGAGUUCUUCAUAGAGCUGUACAGCCACGAACUGCCCACAGAACCGUUUCCAGAGCCAGUACCGAUAGAGAUGCAGGAACCAAACACACGAGGCGGCGCCAAGUAUGGAGGAAACAAUGUCACAGCAGAAGCGAUUAAGGCAGGAGGAGAAGUAUUGGUACAACGGCUCCACCGUCUUAUGUGUCGCGUCUGGCAGACGGAGGUUGUUCCUACGACGUGGAAACGCUCCAUCAUCGUGCCAAUACACAAGAAAGGCGACAUAAAGGAAAAUGCAAAAACUAUCGCGGCAUAUCACGUAAUAACUUCGGCGCAUAUCACUCCUGUCAGUCGUCGGGAAGGUUUUCACAAAGAUCAUCAACGCAAGACUUCAGCUUCAUCGAAGAAGCUUAUGCCGACCGGAGCAAGCGGAGCUGCAUUCGAUAGCGUCCACUGGCCAGCGCUAUGGAAAGCCCUAGAGUGUGAACAUGUUCCGGACAAAAUUGUGAGGCUGUUGCGGGAGGCGUACAAUGGAACUGUCAGCUGUAUCCGCGUCAAGGAUGACGUCUCUGAAGAAUUUCCUGUAAGUGCUGGUGUUCGUCAGGGUGACGUGAUCUCCCCUACGUUGUUCAACGUGGUAAUGGACGCUGUCAUGAGGAAAACUUUCAACGGAAGGCAAGGCGUGCAGUACGGUGAAGGCGGCUUUCUCACUGACCUGAUGUUUGCCGACGACAGCGCAAUUUUCGCCGAAACUGACGAGGAAGCGACUAACAUCAUGUGCUCACUGUCAGAGAUUGCCCAGUCGUAUGGCCUCAAAAUAAACGCGGAAAAGACCAAGGUGAUGACCUCGGAUGGAUCGCCCGCGUCCGUGCGACUGGGUAGCGUCGCCUUGGAGCAAGUGAGUAAUUUCAAGUACCUUGGAUCGGUCGUUCAAGAAAGGAAAGUGGUUGCCGAGGCUGAGGUCCGCAGCAGGAUUGGUCAUGCGUCUAAGACAUUUGCAGCGUUAAAGUGGUGUCUCUGGAAGAAGAGUAACAUAUCACUGAAAACCAAAAUUCGCAUGUUCCGGACGCUGGUGCUCCCUGUGCUACUAUAUGGGUCUGAGACAUGGACGUUGCUCAAGUCGGAUCUCUCUCAUCUCGAGGUGUUUCAAAUGCGUUGUCUCCGCCAUAUGCUCGGGAUCAGGCUUCGUGACCAUGUCACGAACAACGCCAUCAGGGAGAAGUUUGAAGAUCAACCCACAAUCGAGGAACAAUUGAAACUGCGACGGCUACGAUGGUUCGGUCACCUGUGCAGGAUGGGUCACGACAGAAUACCUAAUAUGCUCCUGUGGAGAAGACGCCCUGCGCAGUGGAAAGUUCAGAGGACGGCUCCAAAAAAGACUUGGUUGAAGCAAGUUGAGGAAGACCUUAGGGCUCUGAGGUGCAGUGUUGAGCAUGCUAGAUGUAUUGCUGCUAAUCGACCAGAAUGGAGACACUUCAUUCAGGGCGUUCGUACUCCAAUGGCACCCACAGCAGUGUACUGGUUGAGAGGCCGGCCCCCACCACCAGACGCAAGCUAA